AUGCGCUUCUCACUAUUGCUCAGUGCCUUGGGCGCUGUAGCUGUUGAGAUUCCAGCCCAGAAUGCCGGAGAAGGUCUCUAUCGAAGGAGUGAAUCAGCAAGCCUCCAACCUGCUGCUGCCAAUACACAGGCGCCCGCUCAGGAUGGAUACGUCGCCAGCGUUCCCGAACCUCAGACUUCUGAAGCCAAGGUCGAGCCAGAAACAACAGCGGCUCCGGCACCUCAAGUCACCACUGCCGCGCCGGUUGAGCAAGACGAUACCACUGUUGACGGGGCCGAUACAGGAACCCCGUACAUAGAGGACGGCACCAUGGUGGUUUGGAAUGCUAAGUGCGGCUGUCCUAUACCCGUGACAACGACCGUGGUGGUUCCCCCUUCCCCGGUUAUCACAGACAGCAAUCCUGCCAACGAUCCAACCACAAUAGCUCCGCCGCCUGGGACUACCACCGAGCCGCUUCCACCGCCCCCGGUUAUCACAGAUUCCUACACCGUAGUUCCACCUCCAACCUAUGGGCCCUCGACCACCAGCGAGGAGCCUCCUGCGCCUCCAACAACAACGAGUGAAGCCCCAUUGCCCCCUACCACCACAACCGAGCCUUAUGUACCUCCCACCACAACGACUGAAGCUCCUGAGCCUCCAACGACAACGACCGAGCCGUACGUGCCUCCGACUACAACGACUGAGCCGUAUGAGCCUCCAACUACUACCACUGAAGCUCCUGAGCCUCCCACCACGACUGCGCCACCUGGCACAACUCAAUCUUGCGCUCCCGGCGGCACCACCACUGUCACCGAAAAGGUUACUGAGAAGGUUACUGAAAAGGUCACCGUUACUGAGACUGAGAAGGUGACAGAAAAGGUCACGGAGAAGGUCACGGUAACCGAAACUCAAGCUGCCUCAACAGUCACAGAAACAGUUCAUGAGGGAACUACUGUGGUUGAGACUCGACCUGGGCCGACGUAUAUCGAGACGGAGCCAGUAACAGUGAUAGAGACUGUGCCCGGACCAACUUUCGUCGAAACACUUCCGGGAGAGACCAUUGUUGAGACUUUGCCCCCUGUCACAAUCACUGAGCCGGGAGUAACAAUCACAGAAGAUGGGGGUACUAUUACUGUACCAGGACCUACCGUUACCGAGGCCGGAACGACUGUGACCGAGCCGGGUAGUACUGUGACGCUUCCUGAAGCUACUAUCACAGAGCCUGGCAGUACCGUGACUGAGGCUGGGACAACUAUUACUCUCCCUGAGAAAACUGUCACUGAACCCGGAAGCACUGUCACUGAGGCUGGAACUACUGUUACUGAACCUGCGUUGACAAUUACCGACGUCGCUACUAUUCCAGGAAGCAGGGUUACUAUCACCGAGACAGGAGAAGACGAGACAGUGACUAUCCCUAGAACUAUUGUCCAACCUGGUGAGGAUAGAACAGUGGUAAGGACUGUGACUCUACCUGGCCAGGAAACUGUUGUCACCGUAUCUGGCGAGGAAAGGACCGUCACGGUUCCUGGAGAGCGUACUGUUGUUACUGUCCCUGGAGAGCAGGCUACUGUCACCAUUGAAUCAGUCGUCACAGAGAGACUGCCUGCAGAGACUGUGACCCUGACUAAGGACGGUGAGACGGUUAUUACUGUGGUUCCAGGCCCGACAACUGUCUACACCACUACCUUGACCAUUGGCCAAACAGUACAGCUACCUCCUACCACAGUGACGGCUACUCCUGGACGCAUCACCUUGUGCCCCAAGCCUACCGGCCGAUCUGCGCCACUCAACCGCAAGUCUGAUCUCACAUUUGGCUGCGAGCCAGGCUACGUCUGCAACCCGCCGAAGCCAGCAUGGUGCAACUUCUGGGCUGAGCCACCUGAUGAGGACUAUCUUUGUGAACCUCAAUACUGUAUCAAGGCUCCCAAGGUCAAGAAGGCGAAGUGGCGCAAGAACAAGACUGGUUUCUACCCUCGUUCUCCUGGCUACUUCAACCUGAACCCAGAGGCUUUCGGUCUUUCUUAUGAUAUCUUUGAGAAGCAAGUCUAUGAGAAGAUCGUGAGUGGUGAGCUGAAGACCUUUUCUACCGGAAACUGGGCUUCACAGACAACCUUGAGUGACUGGCCUGAUGCCACUACUUCAGUAGCAGAGUCCUAUGACAACAUCCCCAGCAAUAACCAACGACGUGGACUCCACAUGUUCGACAGGCGAGAUGUCACCCCAGCUAUUUGCUACGAUGACUGUGAUGGUGCUUACAAGAUCGCACUCUCUACUGGAAAAUCGGACAAGCUCUGCAGAGCAGGUUCUUCAUUCCGUGGCAGCUACUAUAUGUGCCGCGACUGUAUCAGUGACAACACUUCCAAGAGCAAGAACACCAUUCGCGAUUAUGUUGAGCCCGAGUUUAACCAGUUCAUUGAUUAUUGUGAUGGAAAGGAUCCCACGACUGCGACCACAGCUGCAUCUGGUCCUGAGUCCCAAGUUACUGGAUCUGCGGAUGUGGAGACGACAGGACAGGUCGAGGCCACCUCUGGCGAUUUCAGUGCCUUUCCAGUCACAACUGGAGAGCCUGAGCCUACUACUGACGCUGCUGAGACUACAGAAGCUGCUGUUGCCUCGGAUGCUGCUGGAUCGACUGCUGGUGCAUCACAGCCAACCACAUCUGGAGAAGCUGCUGAAGAGAGUUCGGUUCCGGCUGAGACAACUGAAAAGGCCGAGGCGACCGAGACUGAGACAGCGGCUGAAGAGACAUCAACCAAUGGGUCUGAAAACUCUGAAGCUGGUGAGUCUACCACCUUGUCUAUCACAGCCAAGAGUGUUGUCGUAACUGUCACAUCGUCACUCGGUGACUCUGAGACUGAUUUAGUUUCUACCCUUACAGAAACAGGAUCGAGAACAGCCCAGACCAAGGGCAUUGAGACGGAUUCUGCCGAGACAGGUUCAGAAACUGAUGUUUCCGGAGCUGCCACUGAGACCAGGUCGCGCCUCGAGACACGCACUUCAUCUUCUACCUCAGACGAGACUGCCGCGCCUUCAACGGUUGAGGCUGCGGCAUCACGAUUGACGGCUGGCUUUGCCACUAUCCUCGCACUUUUGUCGAUGCUGAUGGUGCUCAUUUAA